CCCAUGUCCCCAAUGUCUCCCCCUGUGUCCCCAGGACACCUUUGAGCGGGUGUUCGUGUCCCCGGGGCUCUCGGGUGUCCCCUGGUUCGUCAUGGCCGGGAACCACGACCACGCCGGGAACGUCACGGCCCAGCUGCGCUACAGCCACCACUCCCCCCGCUGGCACUUCCCCCACCCCUACUACAGCCUCCGGCUGCACAUCCCGGGCUCCAACGCCACGGGCCGGCUGCUGGUGCUGGACACGGAGCUGCUCUGCGGCCACUCGGACGAUUUCGGGGCCGGGGGUGGCCCGGGGGGUCCCCGGGACGCGGCGGCGGCGGCGGCUCAGCUGAGCUGGCUGCGGGGGCAGCUGGAGGGGGCGCGGGGGGCGCGGUUCGUGCUGGUGGCCGGGCACUACCCGCUCUGGUCCGUGGCCAAGCACGGCCCCACCCCGUGCCUGGUGCGGCUCCUGCGGCCGCUGCUGCGCCGGCACCGGGUCAGCGCCUACCUGAGCGGGCACGACCACAACCUGCAGUACCUGGAGGAGGGGGGGGUGGGCUACAUCCUGAGCGGGGCCGGGAACUUCCUGGAGGACUCUCGGCCCCACGAGGGCUCCGUCCCCCCCGGCUCCCUGCGCUUCUUCUUCGGGACCCCCACGGCCCCCGGGGGCUUCGCCCACGUGCGCCUGGAGCCCUCGGGGGCCACAGUCACCUUCCUGGAGUCCACGGGGCGUGUCCUGUACCGGGUCACCCUCCCCCCAGGGACAUCUGACUCUCCUGUGACCUCUGGGGGACACCGUGACCUCUGAUCUCAGGGACCUCCCCCCAAGACCUCUGACCCCUCACCUGGAGGACACUGUGACCCCUGACCUCAGGAAUCCCUGUGACCCCUGACCCUUGGGGACACUGACCCUUGACCUUGGGGACCCCUGACCUGGGACCCCCCUGACCUCUGACCUUGGGGACCCCUAUGUCCCCUGACCUCAGGGACCCCCAUGACCCUUGACCUCAGGGACCCCCCUCACCUGGGGGACACUGUGACCCCCUCCCUUAUCUGGGGUCACAGGGAGGGAACCCCUUGUCCCCUGACCCCCAAUAAACGCUUUGAACGGCGCCUCCGCCUUUAA